AUGUCGAACGGCGAACAGAACCCGGAGGCGGUGAUGCAUCAGGUCAAGGCGGAGCUCGCGAACGCGUACGCGCAGGAGUUCUUCACCACGGUGCGAGAUAAAUGCUUCGCCAAGUGCGUGACGAAACCGAGCGGGAGCAUGUCGAGCGGAGAGAGCGCGUGUUUGGAGAAGUGCGUCGAUCGGUACGUCGAGGCGACGAAGAUGAUCUCGCACGUGGUGCUGCAGGCGUACCAGAGGGGGGGGCAGUGA